AUGCAUACGUUGAAAGUUGUCAUCGUUGGUGAGACUAAAGUAGGAAAAAGUUGUAUUUUAAGCCGCUUCGUCCAGGGUUCAUUUGACGCAUCUAUGCCUGCAACAAUCGGUGCCGCUUUCUUAACAAAAGUUAUUACAACUUCAGAAGGCCCAAUGAGACUUCAGCUCUGGGAUACUGCAGGCCAAGAAAAAUUCAGAUCGCUUGCUCCGAUGUAUUACCGUUCAGCUAAUGUUGCUGUUCUUGUUUAUGACGUUACAUCUAAAUCAUCACUUGAAAGCUUAGAAGACUGGUCCGCAGAAAUUGCAGACAAAGCUCCUCCAGGCAUAAAGCUUGUCGUUAUCGGAAACAAAAUCGAUAUGGAAUCGGAGAGAGUUAUUUCAACACAGGCAGGCAAAGAUGCAGCUGCAGCAAUGAACGCGGCUCUGUUUGGAGAGACAUCAGCUCUUACAGGUGUUGGCAUUAACGAUAUUUUUGCCAAAAUUGCAGAAUUCGAUACAAUGCAAGACGCUGUUUACGAGAAGCCUUCAGAUUGGAAGCCAACAGAUAAUGAAAGCGGAGGCUGCUCCUGCUAA